GGAUAAUGCGUGGACGGGAAAAAAGAGUAGCAACACUUCUUCUAUCUCCUCCAUACACUCAGAACUCAGGCUUCUACCUCUCAUGACCAUUUGAAUCCAUCCUUCGCUCUUCCUCCUUCAAUGGCGAGAACCCUAAUUUCAUCCUCGCCAUUUAUCGGAACUGUUCUUCCAUCGAAAUCCUCUCGUUAUGGACUCUAUUCUCUUCCUCAUCGAAGCAAGUUUAUAAGCACAACUGUGAAAUUCAGUUUUCAGCAAAUUCCUCCGAUUUCUUCAAUCGAAAGUUCUAUCAAUUUGAGCGAAGCUUACAGUAAAGCUGAAAGUAUUCUUUAUACUCUCGCUGAUGCCGCCGUUUCUGCUUCUCCCGACGCUUCUGGAGCUACUGUUCAGAAAAGUGGUGGCUGGUUCGGGUUUAUUUCCGACGCCAUGGAAGUCGUUUUGAAGGUUAUGAAGGACGGGCUUUCAGCUUUACACGUGCCUUAUUCAUAUGGAUUUGCAAUCAUAUUGCUUACUGUCCUCGUAAAAGUUGCAACUUUUCCUUUGACAAAGCAACAAGUUGAAUCAACGUUGGCAAUGCAGAAUCUUCAACCAAAGAUAAAAGCCAUACAAGAAAGAUACAAAGGAAAUCAGGAAAGAAUACAACUCGAGACAUCACGUCUUUAUAAGCAGGCUGGGGUUAAUCCAUUGGCAGGCUGUCUGCCUACUUUGGCAACAAUACCAGUGUGGAUAGGAUUGUAUCAAGCUCUUUCGAAUGUAGCUAAUGAGGGGCUGUUUACAGAAGGAUUUUUUUGGAUUCCUUCUUUGGGGGGACCAACUACAAUUGCUGCACGUCAAAGUGGUGCUGGUGUCUCCUGGCUCUUUCCUUUUGUGGAUGGUCAUCCACCUCUGGGAUGGAAUGAUACUGCAGCCUAUCUUGUUUUGCCUGUCUUGCUUGUCGUCUCACAAUAUGUUUCAAUGGAGCUUAUGAAGCCUCCGGAGACUGAUCCAGCUCAGAAGAAUUCACUUCUCAUCCUCAAGUUCCUUCCCCUCAUGAUUGGUUAUUUUUCAUUAUCCGUCCCAUCCGGAUUAUCCAUAUACUGGUUUACAAAUAAUGUCCUUAGUACUGCACAGCAGGUAUGGCUGCGCAAGUUAGGUGGCGCAACGCCUGUUGUGAAUAAGAAUGCCAGUGGAAUUAUUAGUGCUGGAAAGGCAAAGCGAUCUGCUUCCCAACCUGCUCAGCUUGAUGACAGGUCAAGACAAUUUAACGAAGCAGCAAGAGGGCAACAUAUGAGCAAAGCACUGCCAGAUGAUCAGGCAUCUGUAUCUGGUUCUGAAAUGGGGUUAGAUGAGGAAUCCAAAGAAACAGAUGAAUUAGAAGAGGCGUAUGCGUCAAGUGGCAGCAAGCAGAUUCCCAAAUAUUCCUCUCCAAAGAAGAGCAAGCGAUCAAAGCGAAAGCGUGUGGGUUGACUGCAUUAGUUGUAUGUAGUUUCUAUUCAGUUUUGUAUAUCUAAUGAAAUGAUACCCUAGUCAGUGUCAUAGUGGCUGUUUUAUUGGCUAUUUGUGUGUUACAAAGCUGCUCAUUUGCUAUCACCCCUUCCAUGUAAUUGGGUUGACCACAUUUUUGUAAAACCAAAUUGUUACAGUAUCUAAUAGAAUCAAAAGCUACCAUAUUCCUCUA